AUGCUCGUGCGACGCGCAAUCGACGACUUUCAAAUUAGUUCUACCGGAAAAACCUACUCCUAUCAGUGCCUCGUGCAUCCUCCUUUGGCUAUGAGUCUAUGCGAACUACGUCAUCGUACCUUAGAAAAGGUUCUCCCGGAAGACUUACUCAAGCCAGUUUUGAUCCAUAUACUUCUUGCUAUCGACUUUCUUCACACGGAAGCCAAGAUUGUUCAUACUGAUAUACAAGAAAAUAAUAUCAUGCUCAGUGUGGAAGAUGAGUCGAUUCUAGUCGAUUUUGAGGAAGCAGAAAAGACCAGCCCGAGCCCUUGCAAAAUUGUUGAAGAUCGGGUGAUCUAUUCCUCCCGAGAUUUAGAAAUCCCAAAGGUGCAUGGUCGUCCUAUUUUAUCGGACUUUGGGGAAGCUCGCCUUUGCUCAAGCUUAGGCAAGCAGUGGGAGGACGUUCAGCCUUUGGUUUACCGGGCUCCGGAGGUCCUAUUACGGAUGCCAUGGAAUGAAAAAAUUGAUAUUUGGAACAUAGGGGUCCUUGCCUGGGAUCUCUUUGAGCAGAAGCAUCUCUUCUACGCCCGCGAUUCAAACAGGAACAUUUCAGACAGCCAUCACCUCGCAGGGAUGAUAGCAAUCAUGGGCGCGCCACCAAAAGAAAUGCUUCAAAAUAGCGAGUAUGCGAUGAAGUUCUUCGAUCGUGACGGUCAUUGGAUAGGUACCGCCGAGAUUCCUUCUAUAUCUCUGGAGAAGCUGGAGGGUAAUUUGCAAGGUACACAACAAACUUUGUUUCUCUGCUUUAUGCGGAAGAUGCUCCAAUGGCAACCGGAAAAUCGAGCAUCUGCGAAAGAGUUACUGGCGGAUCCUUGGCUGAAGUCAAAUUAA